CGCGGCUCGGCGGCGGCGGCGGCGGCGGCGGCGGUGGCGGUCGGGGUGCAGGGCUGAGCUAGUGUCCAGGAGAGGCGGCGGAGGCUCCGGCGCGCGGCCCGGCUCCCAGCCGCCUCUUGGCCAUGGCUCUGGCAGACAGCACUCGUGGACUACCCAACGGGGGCGGCGGCGGCGGCAGCGGCUCCUCAUCGUCUUCAGCAGAGCCGCCACUCUUUCCCGACAUCGUGGAGCUGAAUGUGGGGGGCCAGGUGUAUGUGACCCGGCGCUGCACAGUGGUGUCGGUGCCCGACUCCCUGCUCUGGCGCAUGUUCACGCAGCAGCAGCCGCAGGAGCUGGCCCGGGACAGCAAAGGCCGCUUCUUUCUGGACCGAGACGGCUUCCUCUUCCGCUACAUCUUGGAUUACCUGCGGGACUUGCAGCUCGUGCUGCCCGACUACUUCCCCGAGCGCAGCCGGCUGCAGCGCGAGGCCGAGUACUUCGAGCUGCCCGAGCUCGUGCGUCGCCUCGGGGCGCCCCAGCAGCCCGGCCCCGGGCCGCCGCACUCGCGGCGCGGGGUGCAGAAAGAGGGCUCGCUGGGCGACGAGCUGCUGCCACUCGGCUAUGCGGAGCCCGAGCAGCAGGAGGGCGCCUCGGCCGGGGCACCGUCGCCCACUCUGGAGCUGGCUAGCCGCAGCCCGUCCGGGGGCGCGGCAGGCCCGCUGCUUACGCCGUCCCAAUCUUUGGACGGCAGCCGGCGCUCGGGCUACAUCACCAUCGGCUACCGCGGUUCCUACACCAUCGGGAGGGACGCGCAGGCGGACGCCAAGUUCCGGCGAGUGGCGCGCAUCACUGUGUGCGGCAAGACGUCGCUGGCCAAGGAGGUGUUCGGGGACACCCUGAACGAAAGCCGGGACCCCGACCGGCCUCCGGAGCGCUACACCUCGCGCUAUUACCUCAAGUUCAACUUCCUGGAGCAGGCCUUCGACAAGCUGUCCGAGUCGGGCUUCCACAUGGUGGCGUGCAGUUCCACGGGCACCUGCGCCUUUGCCAGCAGCACCGACCAGAGCGAGGACAAGAUCUGGACCAGCUAUACCGAGUACGUCUUCUGCAGGGAGUGAGCUCCCCACACCCCUUCGCGACUCCAGCUCACCCAUUCCCUCUCCUUCCUGCCCGGGAGAGGAUUCUAGAUUUCCCCUCCCGCCCCAUGUUCUCGCAUUCCCCUGUUCCCCACCUCCAGUAGCCGGGCCAGACCCACUGACAGCCCACUUCAGAACCUGCAGCCGCAGAUACUCUGGGCUUCUUCGUCUUCUCUGGACCCCACUAACUGAGAGAGCCCAGACAUCCCGUCCACCCCGUGCUUCCUUUGCCCCCUGCUUCAAACCACCCCUCCCGCGGAUUGUCCUUCAGUCUGUAUCUAGUAGGGCAGUGUGGCCACAGAGUCACCGAGUACCUGGGAAUGGUCGAAUUGUUCUGAACCUGAUUGGACCCUGUCCAGUGUGUAGAAGAUUCCUUGAAAUCUUCUCAAGCCCUUCUGACUCAUUCGCGGUUAAAGAGAUUAAAGAGAUCAGAAUUGAUAGCACUGACUGGGAAUAGUUAGUUUGAAAAGGUCAUUCAUUACACAGUCUUUUGAUCCUCUUUAAAGGUAGACCUUUAGAAGACUCAGGAGCCGGAAUUAGGAUCCCAUGGAGGCAGUUCAGUGACUAUAAAUGAAUAAACUUUUGGAAAGUUACAGGUAUAAGUAAAGAAUCUCGUGCUGGCACAAUGAAGGAUCCUGUGUUUUCCAUGCAGAUUUAAAGGUCUUCGCCUGUGGCUUAAACUUAAAGAAAGUUCCCCUCCUGCCUGAGGAGGCACCCUUUCUCCUGGGCGCACCGCCAGAAGCCCUAGGUUCCAGCGGUUGACAUGGCAGCUGUUACUGGCUAGAGGGGGAAAAGAGAGCUGUCGCUGACAAGAGCAUGGCAGCCCCGUCACCAAGCACUGUGGGAAGUCAGCUGCCUGUGACUGUAGACCGAGCUGAGUAGUAAUGCACGUCGUGGGUAUUAGGAAAGCCCAUAUUGUUGCAGUGAAUGGCAGUAGGACCUUAGCUCAUAAGACUUGAGGGUGGGGUGGGGGGAGGGAGGAAGGAGGGUAGGAGGGGUGGGAAGGGAGGAGUAGACAUACUCAUUUAUUAUUUGAAAAUUGGAAGUUUGUACCGUCCGUUUGAGUACAUGCACAUUAACAAAACAUGCAAAGCAUUUUAUGAAGAUUAACCACGUAGCAGUUUAUCGAACUGUUUUGAGUCCUAAACGUAGAAGUUGCUGAUACUUACAUAACCUAACCAAAGAGUUACCCAGUAGGAUUUUAGUUUUUGAACUUUAUUUUCUUGUUGAUUAUAAGUCCUGAUUUUAAAAUCUAUUUGAGCAAAGUAUGUUUGAUUUGGGUUUCUUAGACUUAAGUUCUCCUAUGAAAAGUCCCUAUUUUCUCCAAGCCCAGCCACUGUUGACUUCUGGGCAAACCGAAAAUGCCACUUUCAUGCAGGUUGUUUGAAGUUAGGGUGGAAUCUUUUCAAGUGACAGAGCUGCAGACAAAUAGAAGCACCAAGGGCUGCCCAUCUGUAGAUAGCUGUAAAGUGGAGUAUUUUUAAAUGAAGUCAAGUAAGUACUUAAAAGUGAGCCGAGCAAUAAAAUGGUGUUCCAGGUAAAUGCAACAGAAACAGAAGGAGACCUGGUUGCCUUAUACCUUUAACAUGGACUAAAUCCCCACUGUAUAUCCUAUCUACACCUAAGUGAAGGGAAGUGAAUCCUUAUCUUUCAUGCUGUGAGGCUCCUUUGGAUAUUCUGUGAUGACGGAGAAGCCUUUCCUUUUUCAUUUGUUUCAGCAUCUUUCUCUGAAGUAUGUUUUUAAACGAUUUUGUAAGAGUCGUUUUCAGUGUUUAAAUUAGCGCUAUUUUUCCUUCUUUUUAAAAAUGAAUCUUGUACUGUAUCUUACUAUAUCCAUAACAGAUGUUAAGAAUUGGAACAGUUUUAUUCUUAACUCAUGUGCUCCAAUCUGUAUAUACCAUAUAUAAACAUUUUACACGAAUCAUUUAGUUUUUUAAUUCAUUUACUAAUGCCGUAAACUUUCAUAUAUUUACCCCCAGUAACUUGCAUCAGAUGGUGUAUAUACUAAAGCAACAUGUUUUGAUGAGUUUCUUAUAUCCUUGUCUGUUGGGAAAUUGGUCUAGGAAGAAAUACAUAAUUAUAAAGCUGAGUUUGCUCCAUACUUUUUUGCUUAGAUAUUAGUUAUAUACUAAUAUGUCAAUUAAUUGUCUGCUUAAAUCAAGGUACCUGUAUUUUAAUCCACUAAUUCUUCUUUUUUUAUUGGAAAAGAGAAAGAUUUGAAGUUUUUCACUGGAGUUACAUUUUUAGCAAAAUAAAGUUCGCUUAAUAUACAAAGACUGUCAUUGUUAAGAGAAGCAGAAGCAGAAAUUCAGGAAGUUGUAUUUGCUUAUGUGUUGAGAUGUGUUCUCAGACUAGGUAAUGCAUCAGAACUUACCUCAGUUUCACGCCUGAAAUGGUUUUGGAAUGCUGUUCACAGGCCAAAAAUGAGUGUCACAGAGAUUUCUCUGCCCCAUGUGGUAUUUUGUUAGAUGGAGCAACAAAAAACACGUAAUUGGGAACAUCUUGGAACAGAUUAAAACCACUGACAUAUUGACAUAUGGCAAGACUCUGAGGUUCUGAUUUUCCUUAUUCAAUAUGCUCAACUCCAGGAGUCACGGGACACUGCUCAAGUUUUGUCUCUGCCACUCAAAUCUUAGAAAUUUUAUCUUGUAAAACUUUGAGUUGAACUAUUCCACUGCUUUGUGCGCACACACUCACUCCUCCACACAUCCUUGCUGCCCUGCAGAGCUCCCCUACCCCUUCCAUUAUCUGAAAGACUGGGAAUUGAAUGGUUAGGGACAGAAAACCAACCUCUUUUUCUAUGGUGACUACCCCCUCUAAAGUUGGAAGUUGACACAUGAAAACAUUCUACUUUCAGCCCAAAGUAAAGCUGGGUAGGAAACACAUGUUUACAUUGGGUGGAUGGUAUAACUGAAUUAAGAUGGCUUGGCCUGGGCACUUUUGAGUCCCUUCUUCAUGUGCCUUGGGCCACAGAAGAACCCUUAGUGGUCUACAAAGUGGGCUGGAGUGUUGGUUGUCACCUGUGAGCUUAGAUGAGAUAUUGAGGGUCCAUUUGAGUAAGCCCUCCGAAGACAUUCAGUAACCCGGGAGGGGGUCAUAAAUUAGUCAGAAAUUAUGACUGCAGUAAUUUGACCCAGUGUAGCAUGUAUUUACAUAUAUAAUAACUAAUUACCAUUUGGUUCAUAAAUACAACUGAGUGUCAUUAGAUUUUGAUAACAAAUUUAACUUCUAAAAAAGAAUUGAUGACAAUAGUGGUUAAAAAAAAAAGCGGGUACUAUGUUCAAUGCUUUUGGGCCAAGUGUUUGACAAGUUGCCUAUCUUGUAAUACAUGUAGACUAUGAACCAUGUUCAUUCUAAUUUUUCAAAUUAUGUGUUGUGGAAGAUACUCCUUGAAGGUGUGAGACCUAAAUUUUUUUCCCUUUCAAUGCAAUUUUCACUCUUGUAUUUUAUUUGGUUUUUGCAUUGAUAGCAAAGUGAUCAUUUAUAAUACUAGCCAAAAUGGUCUUCUCUUUCAAACCAGAUCCAUUUAUACAUGGGACCUGUUGCUUCUCUGGGGAAGAGCAUUUUUACCUGUGAGUUCUCAGACAAAAAUGGGCAACUGGCAAUGCUCAUAACAUAUUCCAGGUUUUAUUGGAAUUUUCCAUGGAAUGUCAUUAUUACAUUAAAGCCAUGAAAGGUGAAGUUUUGAUAAUUUUUUACUUUUUAAAUUAUGGUAAAUUCUAAUCUAACAUUCAAAAACAUUUUUGUACUCCAUGUGAAAAAUGCUGAAUUAUAGUGCAGACAUUUAGAAAAGUAUUGACUGGAGGGGUUGAAUUCCUUAAGAAUGUCUUUUAUGGUCAAAAUCAUAAAUACUGUACUCACCUUAAAUUUCUAAAAUAGCAAACUGAACAUUUUUAUUGUAAGCCAACCAGAGUAAAUCCUUUGGAAUUUUUUUUCUGAUUUUUUUUCCUUAUUAUAACUCAUGUAAAAACUGAAUUGGUUUUCUUAGAUGACCUAAAUCUGUCUCUUGAGAAAUAAAUAAAAUACUCUUGCGUUUUCAGUGGCUAUAGCACCUGAAAUAGGCUUUCCUAGAGACAGAAGCACAUUAUGUAGAAGUUAACUUGUCUUUGUCACAAUUUUGGACAACAUCUAAAAAUAUUAAUGUUUGAAGAUUUAUGUUCUCUACUGGGGCCCUCGAAACUUAGAUGAAAGAAAUUAAACCAGAAUAUCUACAUUAGCAUAUAAUCUCACAGGGUAGGAAGAUGAAAUAGUUGACCAAGAAUUCUUAUCACUGUAUAUACAUUUUAUGAUUUUUUUUCCCCAAGCCAAGUUUUUUUUUUUUUUUUAAUUUUAAAUGUGUUUUGAGGUAUGUGAACAUUAACUGUAAUGUAAACUAUUAUACAGCUGUCUUUGUGACUUUAUAGGCAGGUGAAUUUUGCUAUUGCUAUUGAAUACAAAUGAUGAUAAUUCAUUUAUGACCACUCAAACAGCGUUUGUGACAUGUAAUGACAAAAAUUAAAGCAUCCAUUAUGGGUAUUAAUUUUGAAGAUGUAAGUUAUAUGUUAUUUAAAUUUUUCUGGGCAUCUGAAAACCUCUUAUCUGUGAAACAAUGUAAGAUUCCCACAGUGUUCUGGGAUUAUGAAAUUGUUGAAAAUGGUACAGGCUAAGUGAUACAUAUCACUGAGCCAUUUUCUCAAAAUUGAAGGAGAAAGGGAAAAAACUCUAUACAAUUAUCAGACUUUUUUAAUGAAACAGAAAGCCAAGGGAAAAAAUCCUUUUAUAUUUUAAAAGACACUGAAGAAGAAGUCUUUUCAGACAUGCCCAAACUUUUCCGUGAGAAUUCUUCAACCAUCUAAAUGCUCCAGAGAUUUCGGUUCUCUCCGUUCACAACCAGUUGUAUAACAGAAAUACGCGAUGCUGUUUUCCUCCGUGUGUGUGAAGGAAUGGAUCAUUGAUUAUGUGACUUGUUAUGUAUUCUAUUAAACACUAAGGAAUAAAACAUUCACUCCUUUAA